AUGGUUUUAGAUUGUUUGCGAGUGGUUGUAGAUGUUUUUGAGGUGGUUGUAGAUGGUUGUAGGUGGUUGCUGAAUUUUUUGAGGUGGUUGUAGGUGGUUGUAGAUGGUUUUAGGUGGUUUUAGGUCGCUCCAUGUUUUAGUAACUAAGGCAAGCGAACAGCUAGGGACUAGGCUGGGUAAAUUUGAAAACGUCAUGGCCCGCCAUGUACAGCAAAAAGUAUGACAUAUAUUUUACGAUACGCAGGGGCGGAUCCAGAAAAAAUUAAAAAUAGGGGUUUGCUAGCUUUAUAGAAACUAGAUAUUGAUAACAGAUCUCUGACAGCAUUCAGUGUUUUGUUCUCGCUUGCAAACAUAUUAGAGACAAUAAAUUAAAAAUUGUAAUCCUUUUUAGAAAAAAAGGACAUUACCUUAAACUCCGUAAAAUUUCAAUGGGUUUUUUUAUUGUUAUCAAGAAGGAUUGGUGGACUUUAUAACUAAAUUUCCUCUUUGUUAUUCAACUUUUUCGGUUUCAUUUUCUUAGGUGGGUUGAUUUUGAUGACAAAAACGAAGUUCUGCUCUCAAGUCUUCUUUUCGCUUCCGUUUAUCUUCUUAACACACAUCCGGUUCCAAAGGCUAUUGAGAUGUGUAAAGAAGUUUUGUUUCUUCUCAAGCAUAAGACCGUGGGAAAUAUAAACGAAAAGUGUGCCAAAAGUUCUGAGAAUGUUGAAAGCCACGAAGCAAAAUGCAGCACAACACCUCUCUUCACUUUACGACCGGUUUUCGCGACAAAAGUAGAACUGUACACAACCUCCAUAUUGGCAGAAUUGUACAAAAGACAACGUAACGUUGAGUUUCUCGAUAAUCAUGUCAAGGCUAAAGAACAUUACGAAAAAGCACUUGCAAUCGCAGGGAAAACUGGCGACAGGGAAGCAGAAGCAAUAUGCCAUGCAGACCUAGGAGGAAUCUUUGAAUCUCUCGGUGAACAUGCCAAGGCUAAAGAACAUUACGAAAAAGCACUUGCAAUCGCAGGGAAAGUUGGCCACAGGAGAACAGAAGCCAAGUGCUAUACAAACCUAGGAGGGCUCUUUCAGACUCUCGGUGAACAUGCCAAGGCUAAAGAAUAUUGCGAAAAAGCACUUUCAAUCGCAGGCAAAAUUGGCAACAGGAAAGGAGAAGCCGCGUGCUAUGCAGCCCUAGGAAUUAUCUUUCUGAAUCUCGGUGAAUAUGUCAAGGCUAAAGAACAUUGCGAAAAAGCACUUGCAAUCGCCGGGAAAAUUGGCGACAGGGAAACUAAAGCAAGAUGCUAUGUAACCCUAGGAAUUAUCUUCCAGAAUCUCUCUGAAAAUGUCAAGGCUAAAGAGUAUUGCGAAAAAGCACUUUCAAUCGCAGGCAAAAUUGGCAACAGGAAAGGAGAAGCCGCGUGCCAUGCAGCCCUAGGAAUUAUAUUUCUGAAUCUCGGUGAAUAUGUCAAGGCUAAAGAACAUUGCGAAAAAGCACUUGCAAUUGCAGGGGAAAUUGGCGACAGGAGAAUAGAAGCCAAGUGCUAUUCAAGACUAGGAUGCAUCUCUCUGAGACUCGGUGAACAUGUCAAGGCUAAAGAAUAUUGCGACAAAGGACUUGCAAUCGCAUGGAAAACUGGCGAAAGGAGAACAGAAGCCGAGUGCUAUUCAGGCAUAGGAAUUCUCUCUCUGAGCCUCGGUGAACAUGUCAAGGCUAAGGAACAUUGCGAAAAAGCACUUGCAAUCGCAGAGAAAAUCGGCGACAGGGAAACAGAAGCCCUUUGCUAUGGAAAACUAGGAAAAAUCUUUCUGUAUCUUAGUGAAUAUGUAAAGGCUAAAGAAUGCUUCGAAAAAGCCCUUGAAUGGUCAAGAAAGCAUGGGAUCAAAGAAGACGAGUCACUUUGUUGCUUGCUUCUUUCAAUAUGUAUGUUCAAACUUGGCAACAUAUGGGAAGAUAAAUCAAAUAUCUUUGCCAGUAUUAAUGAGAGAGAGAUUCUUCGCGGACUCCAAGUUCAAGAUAAAUACAAGAUAUCGUAUUUUGACCACGUAGUUAGUUACUACCGAGUGGCCAGUCAUUUACUUAGUAAGUCUAGCUUUCUUCAUGAGGCUUUCUACUUAGAAGAAUAUGGGCGAGCAAGGGCCCUUGCAGACUUAAUGGCAGCUCAAUACUCUGUACAAAACGAAAUACCAGUCACUCCACAAAGAUGGGAUGAUAUUGAAAGUAUCGUGAAGAAAGAAUGCAACUGUACUUGUCUUUACAUUUCAUACUGCAAACAAUGGAUAACGUUUUGGGUCUUAAAAGCAGAAAGCCCUUUGCUCUUCCGACAAAUAAACGUCAAUGACGUUUUUGUUGGCAAAGGAUCAGUAAGCAGAGUGGCUGACUUGCUUUCACGCGAAAUCUACAGAGAGGUACUUUGCUUAGCUCCUGAACAGUGCGAGGAUCGAUCCUGGCUUCCCUCAGACGCUUAUUCGGAGGAUGGGCGUGAACGCCCACUUGAAGAAGAUGAUGAAGACCAGAGCCAGCAACCCGAGCGUACCCCUGCUUUUGUCUACAAAAUGAUCAUUGCUCCUGUAGCCGACUUGCUUGAUAAGCCUGAAAUCAUCAUCGUUCCUGAUCGCCUCUUUUACAAGGUUCCAUUUGCAGCGCUUGAGGAAGAAAGCAGAAAGUGUUUAUCAGAGUCUUUCAGGAUUCGCAUCGUUCCCUCUUUGACGACUCUAAAGCUUAUUCAGGACAGUCCGGCAGACUAUCACAGUCAGACUGGUGUACUGGUAGUAGGGGACCCUGAUGUUGGUGAGGUGUUAUACAAUGGAAUUCUUCGGUGGAUAUCGAGGUUGCCUUUUGCAAGUGAAGAAGCAAAAAUGAUUGGAAAACUGUUCGGUACUGAACCUCUGGUAGGGAAGCAAGCCACAAAGCAAGCGGUCCUUCAAAACAUUCAUUCGGUCUCUCUGAUACACUUUGCUUGUCAUGGUAAUGCCGAAAGAGGUGAAAUUGUUCUUGCUCCUCCCCCCCUAACUGAUAGGAGACCUCAAGAAGAAGACUACUUAUUGACUAUGGAGAACAUUUCACAAGUUCAACUGCGAGCCAAACUGGUAGUCCUUAGCUGCUGUCACAGUCCAAAAGGACGGAUCAGUGCCGAGGGAGUUGUUGGAAUUGCUCGUGCUUUCUUAGGAUCCGGUGCGCGCUCAGUGUUGGCAGCACUGUGGGCCAUAGAAGACGAAGCAACAGAGCAGUUCAGGAGUCGUUUCUACGAGAACCUUGUUCGUGGGGAUAGUGCCAGCGAAUCCCUUCAACAAGCUAUGAACUGGAUGAGAGAAAACGGUUUCGCUAAGAUAACGCAGUGGGCGCCAUUUAUGCUUAUUGGAGACAACGUGACAUUAGAU